AUUACAUUGUAAAUUUUAAUAAGCCACACACAUUGUUGCUGUUGUUUACUCAAUUAAUUAUAAUUUAUUAUUGUUGAUUGUUUUAACAAAAUAAAUAAAAAUGAGCAGUGACGAGGGAGAAUCAUUAAUACCAGUUGAUGAAGAUCAAGAUGAUAUUAAAAAAGAGCUAUCACAAAUGAGUUUUGAAGAUUUACAAACAUUAAAAGAAAAAGUUGGAUCAAAAGUAUAUAAUGAAACAAUAUUUGGUAAAAAAAAAAUAUUAAAAAAUGAAUUUAAACGUGAGAAUAAAAAUCGUCCACGUGAAAUGUCAGCUAAAAAACAAGUACCAAGAAUAAUUGAAUCAUUCAAUAGUAUAAAAAAACCAAUUGAAACAAGAGAUCCACGUUUUGAUAGUCUUUGUGGUGAAUUUAAUGAAAAAGCAUUUAAAAAUGCAUAUAGUUUUUUAAAUGAUAUAAAACAAAAAGAUGUUGAAAAAUUAAAAAAAGAAUUAAAAAAUACAGAUGAUCCAAAACGUAUUAAAAAAAUUAAAUAUCUUAUUCAACGUCUUGAAAAUCAGUUGAGAGAAGAAACAAGAAAGAAAAAAAAAGAAGAAGCUAAAAUUAUUGAUAAACAAAAUAUUGUUGAUGCCUUGAAAAAAGGUGAAAAACCACAAUUCAAAAAAAAAUCUGAACAAAAAGUUCUUGAUCUUGUAUCUCAAUAUGAGGAAUUAAAAAGUACUGGAAAAUUGAAGAAACAUAUUAAUAGAUUGAAAAAAAAACGUGCUGGAAAUGAUAAAAAAAGAUUUGCCCAAGAUAAUGUACAAAUAUAAAAUAAAUAUUAAUAAUAAUAUUAACUUCAUCUAAAUUAUUAAUUAUGUAUUUUUUAUUUAACAUCAAAAGUAAGUGGACACUUCGGUUGGACAAUGUCUCGUAUUUUGUUUCAUUUGUUAUUAAUUUUUUUUUUUUUCUUUUUAUUUAUUUUUUUUUUAUAUUUUUAAAGUUUUUUUUUUCCUCCUUAAUGUAAUGUUUUUUUUAUAUAUAUUUAUUUUAUUCAUGUGUGAAAACAAAAAAACUUAUAUAUUAAUGCUAAUUUUUCAUACGAAAUAAAUUUUUAAAUCAGUUAAAUUACAGAUAGAAGUGGAUAAUUGCUGAGUGAGCACGUGUGUAUUCAUUUUUUUUUUUUUUUUAUUAGUAAAUCAUUAUUUAAAUAAUGAUAUUAUCUAUUGCGAGUUUAUAGUUUUUUAAAUUGAUAAAUAUAUUUUUUAUUAUCAAUUAAUUACUGGCGGUGUUUAAUCGUUAUCCUGCAAAAGCUCGCUAUUUUUUUACUUUUUUUAAAUCGUUGUGUUAUCAGUGUUACAUACGUGAUCGCUUAACGAAAAUAUCUAACGAAGGGAAUAUGGGACAAAAGAGCCACUAAUUAAAGAGAGUCACUGGGCAAUUUGCAUUUUUUUUUUUCAAAUACAUUUAAACCAGUUGUCUCUCUUGUUUAUUUAUUUUUUUUAAUUUAAAUUUUUUACUUUUUUGUGAGUCUCCAGUCACACACGAUUGGUAAUAUUUGUUUUUUUUUUUUCUAUUAUUUAAAAUAUUUACAAUAUUAAUAAAACAUUAUUUAAUUUGUUUCGUUUUUUUUUUUUUUUUUUUAAAGGUUUUAAUCAUUCAAUGAUUCUGUCGCGAAUGGCGGACUGAAUGGGAUUACAAAUAUUUUUUUUAUUCUUCAAUUUAUUUAAUUUUUCAUCAAUCAAUUUUUAUCACUUUAAGCGACAUGUCCAAAAAAUAGUCAACCACAUUAUUUAUAAUUAUUAUUAUUUUGUUUUUUUUUUUUAUUUCAAAUUUUUUUUUCUUUUAAAUCGACAAUCAUUCUUUCACAUUCGCAAAAUUUUACAAAUUAUAUUUUAUCACUCUUUCUUCCAUCAUUCGAAUAAUUAUUUAUAAUUUUUUUUUUUAAAUGAUUUUUUCUGUUAAACAGAUAAGAGUUUUUUUUUAAUUUUAAAAAAUAAUACAUAUUGUAGAAAUGAAAAAAUUAUUUAUAACAAAAUUUACGAAUUAAUUAAUGUUUUUUUUUUGAUUUUUUUUUUACUUUUUUUAAAUUAAAAAUUUCCCACUCAUUCCGCCGAAAAUGCGUGGUCUUAGACCGAAUCCGAUCACACAUAAUCCAUCAAUGUAAUUAUUAAUUUUUAAAAUUUUUUUUUUAUUCAUGCACAUUGUUUUAUUUAAUGAUAAUCGUGCUUGAUGUCUUUUUCAAUAUCUUAUAUGUAGUUUGUUUUUUUCUUUAUUUUUUUUUUUUGUUUUUUUUUUCUUCAACAACACGAGCUAAGCUAACCAUAUAUAAUAAUUACAUCUAUUAAUAUCUUAUUGUAACAUGGAUUAUAAUAAUCGUUAAAUUUAUUGUUAAUUAAUAUUUAAAUUAUUAGCCUAAAGUGAGGCGGCGCACGACGGCAAAGCAUUUUUUUUUUUAAUUUAAUUUUAUAUGUUUAAUUAAUUUUUUAAAUUUGUUUGUUGGGUUUCUACUACCCCGGCACAUAACACCCUGCUAUCAACUCUCAAACCCCUAAUUUUUUAAAAUUAUUAUUCGAAAAUUAAAUACCCAUUGUUUAUUAAAUUUUUAAAAUAUUUCAGCUUUUUUUUUUUUUUUUUGUACAUUUUAAAUUAAUCAAAUUAUAAUUUAAUUAUAUGGUCUUGCGAUUUUUUUUUUUCUUUUGAUUGUUUACCAGCAAAGGAUAAUAAUUUUAAUUUUUUUUAUAAAAUAAUUAUACAAACGUGCAUGAAAUUAAAAUGAAAAAAGCAAAAUAAUGAUUAAAUUUUUUUUUUUUUAUUAUUCUUAAUGAGAAAAAGAGUGUGUCAAGUAUUUUAGUGUAUAGGUCAAAUUUUAUGAACACUUUGGGCGAUUAUUCGGGACCGAAUUGCCAGGUUUUUUUUU